UUGAUCACACACGCAGCCUUGUGAUCACUCAUCAAGUUAUUCAGUUUCACUUCAUUACAUGUUCAAGUGUUCUCCUUAAUCUGUUGCCACUUUCCUGUCUUGUAGAAGACAACAUGGAAGCUGCAGUAGCUUUCUCUGUUCGUUCACUUCACAUUCCAACACCACUCGAAUCAUCAACCCCACUUAGGAAAUCCAUGUUCUUGAGCACACAACUGAAUCCACCACUUUCAUUAGUUCAUGGGAUCACUUCAAAAUCCAAGCUUUUCACUGCAUUAUCACCCACUCAGCUGACAGAAGAAUCCAGUAGUAAUAAUCUUCCUGAGGAUGAGCCAGAAGUUGAAGCCAAUUCAGAGAAAUUUGACUGGUACUCACAGUGGUACCCUCUGAUGCCAAUUUGUGACCUGGACAAGAGGGCACCUCAUGCCAAGAAGGUGCUGGGAAUUGAUGUGGUUGUGUGGUGGGAUAGGAAUGAGGGUGCAUGGCAGGUGUUUGAUGAUGCUUGUCCUCAUAGAUUGGCACCUUUGUCUGAAGGAAGGAUUGAUCAAUGGGGUAGGUUGCAGUGUGUGUACCAUGGUUGGUGCUUUAAUGGCUCAGGAGAUUGCAAGUUUAUUCCUCAGGCACCCCCUGAAGGCCCUCCGGUUCAUACGUUCAAAAAAGCAUGUGUCGCUGCUUACCCAAGUACUGUGCAGAAUGAUAUCUUGUGGUUUUGGCCAAAUACUGACCCUCAAUACAAAGAUAUCAUUGAAAGAAAAAGACCCCCCUACAUACCAGAGCUAGAUGAUCCAUCGUAUACUAGAUUAAUGGGAAACAGAGAUAUUACUUAUGGGUAUGAGGUUCUGAUUGAAAACCUUAUGGACCCUUCACAUGUUCCAUACGCACACUAUGGACUAAUGCGUACACAACAACCGAAAGUGAAAGUGAUGAACUCACAGAAAUGCUACUGGUUUAUUGAAGAAAAUAGAGACUCAAUCCUCAACUACAAGCUUUUCUAUCUCAUUCUUUUGAUAAUGGGGAUAUCUAUAAGGCCUGAUAUUAGGAAUUUGAGCCCCCUCUUUCAGGUGUAUGGCAUGAUCAUGCCUUCUAUUAGGAGCAUUCCUGCAAACCUUUCAAACUGCUCCACAAACUCCUCUACACUCCCUUCUUGCUUGAGUGCCAAGAUUGCUGCAAAAGGAUUUGAAGCUGCUGCAAGUUGGAACCUGGCUAGCAGUGCUUCCUUGAACUUGUCCCAAGUUGUGGCAGUGUUGCUGAACUAUCAUCAGAAAGCUGAUAGAGAAGGGGGCAGGCCACUUGAAUUGUCAAUUGAAAAGCUAGAUAUCAAUGGUUUCAGCGCAGAUCAGGGUUGGAGCAAAAGCAAAUUUAUGCCACCAUGCAUUUUCUAUGCAUAUACUCCAGAUCAACCUGCAUCAUCUGCUGAAACUAAGAAACCAUCAUUUCAGAAGAAAUUUGGUUUGAUCUUCAUUUGUGUUCCAGUUAGUCCUGGUAAUAGCAGAUUAAUAUGGUGCUUCCCGAGAAACUUUGGACUGUGGAUUGACAAGAUUGUGCCUCGAUGGAUGUUCCAUGUGGGACAAAACCUGAUUCUAGAUUCAGAUUUAUAUCUUCUCCAUCUUGAGAAAGGUGCUUUCAGCAUUGCUGCAAAGACAAAUGCACCAGUGGUUCCGAUUACCCUUAUUGGAACUGGCCAAAUCAUGCCUCCAGGGUGGGAGGGUAUAGUGAACCCAGGUUCCGUGAAAGUUGUUAUACAUAAACCAAUAGAUGGAAAAGAUGCUGAAAUGUUAUGCAAAGAAGCUAGGAAGGCGAUUGCUAGUGUCCUGACUGAAACCUGAGGAAAUGUACGACAAAAGAGUUCUUUUUUCAUCUCUAUUGCAUGAGAGUCAAACCAAACCCCCUGUUCCUUGAAAUGAUUUGGGAAGGAAUGCUUUGCUUAGGUGGAAUGGAACUAUAAUUCAUGUUGGGGCACCAGGUGUACUAGCUUUGAGUUUGCACCUGUUCAGCCAUUGAGGUUCUUUCUUGAAGCUUCAUCAGUCCUAUUGUUCUUCCACGUUUUUCUUCUGGUAGGGAGGGAGGGGGUGCAGUGAGGUUUUUCUGUGCAUCUGCUGUGUCAGAUGGUUGAGUAACUGUAUCUAACUACCUAUAUAUCUACUGAAAAUUUUGCGAUUUUAGGAAAAUGAGUAUAGGAAUAUGAAGCAUUUACAGUCCACACACGGUUUUGCAAUAAACUUUCUAUACAUUCACACACCACUUUCUCUUCUAUUCAAUUUUUAAUCACUUUCUCUU